AUGGCUGGGCCUGGCCCGGGCAAAGCCCUCCUGGUUCGGGACAUCCUCUUGCUGCUGUUGCUCUUCGCAGUGCCGACUGGGGCUUUUGUCUACGCCCUCGACCGAACUCUGGCGGCGACGCUGGUGGCGAGCAGCUUGAUCUCGCUUGCCAUCGAACUGUAUCGGCAGAGGAAGCGAUGCCUGCCCUACCCCGUGUACUUGGUCUUGGUGUAUGCAGUGCAGAUUCUUUGCUGCCUCUCAUCUCUGCACAGCAGCCUGAGUCUCGAGGGGCCGACAGGUCAGCAUGCGGCUACGACGAUUUCUAUUGUCAUGGCGGCACACAAUGAGCACGAGUACUUGAAGCGGACGCUCGAUUCCAUCAUCGAUAGCACCCCGUUGGAAGUUCUGACGGAAAUUAUCCUGGUGGACGACGGGAGCUCACCGCCACUGGCCUCCCUCGUGUCGUCUUAUAGCCUGGUCAAGCUGCUGCGGCACGAGAGCCGGCGGGGCCUCAUCAAGUCGAAGACGGAAGGCGGCAACAGCGCGACGGGCGACGUCAUCAUGUUCCUAGACGCCCACGUCCGACCUGUGCCAGGCUGGCAUGCGCCGCUGCUGAGACACAUCGGCCAGAAUUACAAGAGAGUGGUCGUUCCUUUGAUACCUAUCCUGAACGCGGAUACCUGGGAAGUAAACAACAAUGCCAUCGGUGUCAAGAUGAUGUUCGAUUGGACGCUGUUCUUCAAUUGGUUCGAAGACGGCAACGAUAUCGUGCCAUGCAUGAGCGGAGGUCUCUUUGCCAUCGCUAAACGCUGGUGGCACGAGUCCGGUGAGUACGACUACGGCAUGAACAUGUGGGGCGCAGAGAACAUUGAGCAGUCCAUCCGGAUAUGGCUCUGUGGAGGUGAGAUCUUCGUUGCACGGGACUCCCGUGUCGCUCACGUGUUCCGGAGGUCCUUCCCGUACGCAGUCAACAACACCGAAGUCUACAUCAACAAGGUGAGGACGGUGGAGACCUGGUUUGACGACUACAAGCGCUUCUUCUAUGCCGCAGACCCUGCAGCGGAGAGGUUCGUGGACGCGAUGGGAGACAUCUCGGAUCGACAAGCCCUGAAGAAGCAGCUGAACUGCAAGCCGUUCAGUUGGUACGUCACAAAGUUCAAGGAUGUGUUUGAGACAAAGAACAUGUUGCCAAAAGACAUGUUCCUGAUUCGAGAUACCGGCACCGGACUGUGCCUCCAGCCGGAGCGGCGGACCAGUCGCUUGCUGGAAGGGCCCUGCCGCCAAGAGGACAAGCGCCUUCGCUGGACCUACACAAACAAAGGCCGCAGCCUGGAGCAUGUCGACACGGAAAUGUGUUUGGACGCGGACUCCGCGCAGGUGCAGAAGGUCGGAGCAAAAGUACUGCUCUAUCGCUGCAUGCAGGGUUCGCCAAUGCAGGAGUGGGUGUUCAAAAACGGCCACCUGCGGUUUGCAAACCUAUGUGUCAACGGCUCUGCUGAGGGCGACUUGGCCUUCGCGCGCUGCGGCAACUUCCUGCAGGAAAGAGGUCCCUUCGAACCUUUCGACCAGAAGGCAAUGGGGCCUCUACCUAGACGAAGGUCGGCUGGCUAG